GCCUGGAAUAGCCAUGAAAACACCCUCUGCCGCCUCCCAGAACUGGCAGGUCGCGUACCGCGCCGCGACAUCGCACAUUUCCACCGAUGGCGACGCGCGAUUUGGGCGCACUGCGAGUCUAAUAACUCCGCGUCUAUACCUCUCUGACUACUUCACCGCUCGGGACGAGGACACGCUCGCACGCCUCGGUAUCACACACGUUGUCUCCGUGCUCGAUAUGGAGCCCAUGCUGCCGGCGACGAUACCAGCGGAGCAUAGGUUGCAUGUGAAGCUGUUGGAUAACAGUGGAGAAGACAUCAUCAGCCGGCUAGAUGAGACGACGGACUACAUCAGGAGGGCGUUGGCGGAGAACGAAGGCAGUAAGGUAUUGGUUCACUGCGUACAGGGCAUCAGCCGGAGCGCCACAGUCGUCUGCGCGUACUUGCUUGCCACCUCGACGCCAAAACCCGGCAUGCUAUCCGAAGAAGUCAUCGACUGGAUCCGCGAGCGGCGCAAUGUUGUAUGCCCUAACCUGGGCUUCCGUCUUCAGCUAGAAGAAUAUGCCAAGAGGUUCAAGACGGUGCCAGCCUCGAAGCGACUGAGUGUCGCUCUAGCGCAGCGCAUACGAGCACUACGAGGGAAGAGCAAAGUAGAUGUGAAGGUUGAGAAGCUGGAGGAGGUUAGUCUGGUCGUCAAGCAAACAUGACUCUGACUUCGAAUCUGUACCUAUAUCGCUAUACUAAGCGUUCGUCGGAAAUGUUAGAAAGUAAUCUACAGUAAUGAUUUCCUGGUCCCCUU